AGCCAUCCGGGCACAGUUUUCUCGAAGAGCCCUGAACGAAUCUGCUGGACGCCAUGCUUUCGCGCCUGACUCGUCCUGCAGCCAACGCAGCCGCACGCCUUGCGAAGAGUGUGCGCAAGGUCAGCACCACCCAGAUUGGAGGCUACGAAGUCUUCGACCAUUCCUAUGACGCUGUGGUCAUUGGCGCUGGUGGUGCAGGUCUUCGUGCUGCUGCUGGGCUCGUGGGCCAUGGCUUGAAGACAGCUUGCAUUACCAAGGUUUUCCCAACACGCUCCCACACUGUUGCUGCUCAAGGCGGCAUCAAUGGCGCGUUGGCCAACAUGACAGAGGAUGACUGGCGUUGGCAUGCCUAUGACACUGUGAAGGGAGCUGAUUGGUUGGGAGAUCAGGAUGCGAUUCAGCACAUGUGCCGUUUGGCGCCGGAGGUGAUUUUGGAGCUCGAGUCCUUCGGCUUGCCAUUCAGCCGCACGCCCGAGGGGAAGAUUUAUCAGCGAGCCUUUGGAGGGCAGAGCUUGAAGUUUGGCAAAGGUGGACAGGCUUAUCGAUGCGCAGCUGCAGCGGAUCGCACGGGGCAUGCAAUUCUCCACACCCUUUAUGGCAUGGCCUUGAAGUUCGACUGCCUGUUCUUCGUCGAGUAUUUCGCCAUGGACUUGAUCAUGAGUUCACAUUGUUCGGCUUCGGAAGGAGUGAAACGAAGAGUGGUGGCGGCAUCUCGACGGACGUCAGGCGAUGAUGGAAAAUGCUUGGGCUGCGUUGCAAUGUGCAUGGAGGAUGGCUCGAUCCAUCGCUUCGGCGCCCAUUCGACGAUCAUCGCCACGGGUGGCUUUGGCCGAGCCUACCAGUCUUGCACCUCUGCGCACACGUGCACAGGAGAUGGUAGUGCCAUGGCUUCUCGCGCUGGGCUCCCCAUGCAGGACUUGGAGUUCGUUCAAUUCCACCCGACAGGUAUUUUCCCAGCUGGCUGCCUGCUCACAGAGGGUUGCCGUGGUGAGGGCGGCAUCCUGCGCAACAGCGAAGGCGAGCCCUUCAUGGCGCGCUACGCGCCCACAGCGAAGGAUUUGGCCUCGCGCGACGUGGUGAGCCGUGCGAUGACCUUGGAGAUCCGCGAGGGCCGUGGUGUGGGUCCCAACAAGGACCACAUCUUCCUGCACCUCGACCAUUUGCCUCCAGAGACCUUGGCUGAACGUCUCCCAGGCAUCUCCGAGACUGCGAAGAUCUUUGCGGGCGUGGAUGUGACCAAGGAACCGGCACCAGUGCUGCCUACCGUGCACUACAACAUGGGUGGAAUCCCGACCAAUUGGAAGACACAGGUGGUCAAGGAUGCUGAAGACACUAUUGUUCCUGGUCUCUUUGCAGCUGGUGAGGCGGGAUGCGCAUCGGUGCACGGCGCCAACCGCUUGGGCGCCAAUUCCCUCUUGGACUUGGUCGUUUUCGGCCGUCAGGCUGCGGACACCACGGCCGAACUGGUGAAGCCCAACAGUCCUCCAGUGGUGUUGCCCAAGAACGCAGGUGAAGCAUCCAUCGCCCGCAUGGACAAGAUGCGCCACUGCAGCGGGCCGAUCCCCACCGCAGUGCUGCGGCGCGAGUUGCAGGUUACCAUGCAAAAGUAUGCGCCUGUAUACAGAAAUGCCGACGACUUGGCCAAGGGUAAGGAGGCGGUCGUUGAAGUCAUGAAGAAGUUCAAGGAUGUGGGCGUCUCGGACCGGACCAUGAUUUGGAACACAGACCUCAUUGAGACCUUGGAGCUUGAAAACCUCAUCAACCAGGCGGCACAGGAGAUGUAUGCGGCCGAGGCUCGCAAGGAGUCGCGGGGCGCCCAUGCACAUGAGAACUUCCCGGACCGCGACGACGAGAACUGGAUGAAGCACACACUCUCGUGGCUCGACAAACCUCACGUGGAGGAUGCCAAAGUGGUCCUGAAGUAUCGCAGGGUCAUCGACCAGCCCUUGGACAAGGAGAUGCACCAUGUUCCUCCCGCCAAGCGCGUCUACUGAGCCGCGUGGGUUUUGGCGGGAGCACAGGGCCGGGUACUUGAAGGCCCGCAGGAGGUGUGGUAUGGCUCAAUUUGGCUCAAAGGGUGGUUGAACG